AUGCCGUCACUCGUUCUAAGCGCGGUUGCAGCCAUUGUCCUGUAUUUUGCCCUUACCACAUAUCGUGGCCUCUCACGCAAUAUCGCAUUGGCGAAGAGCUCGGGUCUACCCGUUGUAAUAACGCCAGUCCAUAUUUUCAGUGUGCUCUGGUUGUCAACGCAUUACAUAUUCACGCCGGUGCUGAACCUGUGUUUGCCAUCCUUUCUUCGAGGUGUUUGGUUAGAUCUUUUAGAUCCGGAGUGGCCAUAUAGAAUUGGACAUUCGCCAUAUGCAAAACUUGGCUCAGAUGUCUUUAUCGUUGCUUCCCCAUCUGGGCUCAUUGCGUUUGUUGCCAAUGCCGAAGCAGUGACCCAGAUGACCCAGCGCCGUAAUGAUUUUCCCAAGCCGCUCGAGAUGUAUGGAGCGCUUGAUAUCUACGGAAAGAAUCUUGUGUCGACUGAAGGUGCAGAUUGGCGGGUGCAUCGAAAACUCGCUGCACCAAGCUUCGGCGAAAAGAACAAUGAGUUGGUUUUCACCGAAACACUGCAUCACGCACAAUCUCUGCUCGGGCUGUGGGCUGGACCUGAUGGACAUGGUAACCUGACAGUGGUUGAUCCCGCUGCAGGCGCGAUGAACUUUGCACUAUACGUUAUUAGCAGUGCUGGCUUUGAUGUACGCGUUGUGUGGCCCCAUGAGGAGGAAAAACGUAUUCUGGAGGGCAAAAGUCAAGCGAAAGUACUAGGGGGCUCAAGCGUACCGCCAGGCCAUACGAUGAACUACCGUGAAGCUUUGGGCGAGUUGCUCCAUAACAUCAUGUGGACUCAGGUCAUACCACCAAAGUAUCUGCCAUGGUCUCCAGUCAAAGUACAUCGCACUGUCGGUGUAGCAGUCAAGGAAUGGGGCAAGUAUAUGGAUCAGAUGUAUGAGGCCAAAAAGGCUCAAGUCAUGUCCGGAGAGAACAAAACAGGCAUGGACCUCUUUAACGCCAUGAUUCGCGCCAGCGGUGUUCUGGACGAGAAGAACAGCAGCCUGCAAAAGAGUGAUUUGCUGGGAAACGCCUUUGUUAUCAUGCUGGCAGGACAUGAAACAACUGCCAAUACGCUUCACUACUCUUUAAUCUAUCUCGCCAUGAACUGGGCCUCACAAAAGCGAUUGCAGGACGACAUCGAUGAGGUAGUACAGGGCAGACCAAUCGCACAAUUAGACUACGAAGAAGAUUUCCCAAAGCUGUUCAGUGGAAUGGCAGCAGCAGUCAUGAACGAGACUCUCCGUCUCCUACAGCCUAUCCUCAACAUACCCAAGUCAACCGCCCCAGGUCGAUCUCAGCAGUUCACCAUGGACGGGCAACAGUACACGAUGCCCGGAAGCACGCACAUAUUCCUCAAUGCAGCCAUCCACCGAAACCCCCGGUACUGGCCUGCGCCGGCUAACGUAUCAGAGGCCGAAGCAGCCCAGGAUGUCAGUCGAUUCCGCCCCGAGCGCUGGCUCGCGCAGACCAAGACUGCGGAUACAUUCGAGGACAUCAAAUACGACGACGAGGAGCUACGAGGGCCGUCGGGCGAGGACACGUCGGCGAAACUCUUCCGACCUGUCAAAGGCUCAUACAUCCCAUUCAGCGACGGGGCUCGGUCUUGCAUCGGCCGACGCUUCGCCCAGGUUGAGAUCCUUGCCGUUCUGGCCGCUAUCUUCUCACAGUAUAGCGUCGAGCUUGCUGUUGAUGACUACGCGAGCGACGACGUGGUGGAGAAGAUGCCCAAGGGCGGUGCGGAAAGGAAAGAGUUGUACAUGAAGGCUGUGAACAAGGCAGAUGAGGCGAUCAACACUAAGAUGGCGAGUAUCAUCACGCUGCAGUUGAGAGGCACGUCGAUCCCAAUUCGACUAGUGAGGCGAGGUGAAGAACGGUUCACCUUUGAAUAG